AUGUUCAAAAAGGUUCCUAACAGCAUUUUGCAAUUCACUCAACUCACUAAAAUUGACUUGUCGUUCAACCAAAUCAAGUCGCUCGGUGCUUUGAAAAGCCACCCAACACUCAAAUACAUCGAUAUUCAAAAUAACAACGUGAGGAGACUCGUUUUCGACCACUACGAAAACGCACUAAACUUGACUCACCUCGACAUCACAGACAAUUAUAUCGACGCACCAGUCGACUCAACACAAACUUUUUUGUAUUCAUUCCCUUCGGUGUACAACCAAAAGAAUCCAACGCUAAUAGUCCCCUAUCUAUUUCUUGGAGCUGUCAACGCUACAAAGGAUCCGGCAUUUCUGAAGACGAUUGGAAUUGCAGCAAUACUGUCACUUGGUAAAAAACCAUUUGUCGAGUCUGAUAUUCAAAAUCUGUUUAUCCCUAUCGACGACUCACCAUCGACAGACUUAUUGAAAAUAGUAAGGGAGUGCAUAACAUUUAUUAACGAUUUUGUGAUAAAAAAGAAGGGAGUGUUAGUCCAUUGCGAAUUUGGGAUCAGUCGGAGUGCAAGUGUUAUUAUUGCGUAUUUGAUGAAGAAGAAUAAAAUGACUUACAAAGAAGCACUCAAGUUUGUAACGAACAAGCGCAUGUGUGUCUUACCCAACAAAGGGUUUGAAACGCAACUUGGGCAGUUCGAAAAAGAACAAUUUAUUUUUACUGAAAUUAAAAAGAAAAAGUGA